GUUUUCACAGCGACGCAAAGGCUGACGAUUUGAGAACUGCCGCCUUUUUGAUCGAUUUCUGUGGUCUUCCGUAUGUCACUUUAAACUCUCGGAUUAUCCUAUUCGUGUUCUUCGAGAUGUUCAUAACUUUCGAGCGAGAUAAGAUAUGAGUAGCUCCGUAGAAGAUUGGCUUCGAUCGCUCGGUUUUAUUCACUACACACAAGCCUUUCUGGAUAAUGGCUAUGAUGAACUCGAAAUUUGUAAAGAGAUUGGGAAGGAGGAUUUGGAUGCGAUUGGUGUUAGGAACUUCAAGGACAGGACAGACAUUCUUAAUGCUGUUGAACGCCUAAAACAGAGUGGCACCGCUGUGUACUUUGUCCUUGAAGGGAGUGACAUCGAACCCUUACAAGCGCAGCCCGAGCGUGAUACAUACCCUCCAGUUUCAUUGAAGAUGAUGUUGCACGAUAAACUUGAAGAAGACAAAAUCGAUUUAACCACACAUCCGUACUCUAAACCGGUGAGUACUAUGAAAUAUUAGUUUCUAGUUCCGAAAUAAGAUUUUUGAUAAUUGGAAGAGCUUUAUCUCGAUCUGUUGUAAGAAUGUUUCAGUUCAAGCUAGCUGGCAAGAACGCUUGUCUUGUGUGUAACACCCACGUUUGAGAAGAUUGACCAUCAUAUUGGCUAAUAUACACGGUAAAUGUCGAUCAAACUCGCACGCAAUCCACUUUACAUCAUAAAGUAAACACUAAAUUUUGUUAGGAUCGUAAAAAGUAUCCUCUUUUUUUUUUUUACUUAUCUGCAUGUGGGAAAAUUUCAAAUGUGCGCGAUGUGCGUGUCAGAUUCGAAACUUUACUGUUGAACAGAUUCAUUGGGAAAUAACCUCCAAUUUUUUCGUAGGAAACCACAAAUCAGGUCUCAGUAAUUGUCCUUCUUUGUAUGAAAUUUGUUUUUCUUUUCUCAUUACCAGAAAAUUGCUUGAGUGAUCGCUAAUGAUUUUGAGGCCGCAAAAUUAUUUAAUUCUUGAACAAUUACUUUUUUCCUUGUUGUGAGAUAAAGGCACGGCUCUAUAAUCGGAUAAAAAGUGUCUAUUUGCCUCUAGCUGUCAACACAAACAUAAAUUUACAACCUCGGGUUAACCUAACGCUUCACAGAGGGCUACAGUAAUUAGAAUCAACUUGACUUUCAUAGUGCGAAAAUAGACAUGCUGUGCCUUUCUCAGUGACAAUAAACCACUAUACAGAAAGUGUUUGCCGUAAAAUUCCUUUAGUCAAUGUUUUUAAAAAUUAUUUUGAUCUCGAGUUUAUUGUUUAAAUGUCUUUUUAUGAUCUUGAAGUCCUUCUCAUUUAAAGAUUUUCAUUUCCUCACAAAGACCGUAAAUAAUUAUACGUGAUAUUGUGUCAUAAAAGAUCUUAACUUAAUGAUCAUGAUAUGAUAGUAUGAGUUUUGGCAUUAUUGAUAUUUGUUUGAAUCAAGCGCUUAAAAUAUCUCAGAUAUCCGCUAUUGUCUUUUGUAUUUUAAAUUAAUGGUAAUGUAUUGACAAGUUAAUCUGAAACCCUGAUUCACAAAGGAGUCCAGAAUAUAUAAUUCUGUGAAACAGAAUACAUUUAAGCCCCUUUUUAAACCCUCUGACCCCCAAGAUUCUCUGAAAUGUCUGUCUUACAUUUCCUGGAAUGUUACUACUUAGAAUUUGAUGUCAAAUCAUACAAAGAUCUCCCAGUUUAUCUUUCUCUUAAUUACAACACCACUCUGAAAUCACCUGUGAUCCUUGCAAUUUGAUUGACUCUCUUCAGUGGGAUUUAUCCAUGAAUUGCACUAUUUUAUGCUCAAAAUUGCAUUUUUUCCCAGUCAAUAGUACAGCUGUGCUAAAACAUGACAAUCGAUUAGAUUUCAAUGUCUAUUUAAGAAAUCAAUCAAAUUGCAGAAAAAUGAAAGACAACUUUUGCACUUUCGUAAACUAGCUUGAUACUGGAUGAAUAAAAUGUUUGUAUAUUAAAAAAAAAAACCUUAUUUUAGCAACUGAAUUUUUUUAUUUCAAAAUAUAGGUAAGAAAGUCUACUGUGGUAAUUGAACUUUGUGUUGGGCAAAUCAAUCUUACACUGUGUGCAUGUUUGAUUUUGAGAUCACGCAUAUGAUUUCAGACCAAAUUUCACUCCACUGAGUUCAAUUACCAUUAUUUAUUCUCAUAACCAGUCUGCUGCUGUAAGAAGUUAUUUCUCCUUCAUUAUCCCAAGGAGUGAAAGGGUUAUUAAGCAUAAGUAUUUUUCUCAUAGGAUGGCUCUGAGGGAUGUCUAGACACACUCGUAACCAUCUAUGCAGAUAAGUUUUACACAUAUGAGGAACAUGUGCUCAGAGCUUUAAGAAUUUUACGUCAAAACAAAGUGGAAAAAGAAGGAGCAUAUAAUGAUUCCUCUUCACAGGUUUGUUUGUCAUUUUGUUUUGCUUGUUGUUGAAAAAACUGGCACAAAUUUUAGCCUUAUUCUAGGGUGAUAAAAAAAUCUUGUCACCCAAUUUAUAUAACUCAGAAAUUGAAAUACAUUUACACUUUAAUUUUUUUCCUUACAAGGUAAUUUUCAUGUCAGUGUUUGUUUACACUUCAGACUAUUGCAGGGUUUGAGCUAGUAUUUGAUCACUGGGGGACAAUUUGUCCCCUUAGCAAAAAUUUUGGAGGACAUUUUCAUUUUUAGGGGGACAGACAUUCCGAGUAAAAAAGCUUUCUAAUGUUCGAACACGUUUUCGAUGUGACAUGUUACCUGCGCUGUUCACAAACAUGCGAAUUUUGAAGUUCAAAAGCCAACUGACGAUUGUGUUUUUUGCUGCCGUCAAUCAUCUUAACGGAACUCUUAGGAAACAAAACUUUACUUUCACGGGUUCAAAAGGUCAUGGUUUGUGAUUUGUGAUUGGUGGAUUUCAAUCUGUUUCGUGUGUUUCUGUGUUUCAAGGUUCGUUGCUUGUGAUCAUAAUUAUGAUUGAGGGCAGCGAAAAACGUAAUUGCGAAGGCGGCUUUUGAACUUUUGAGUUCGCAUGUUUGUGAAAAGCGUAGUAAAGAUUGCCACGUACGUUCACCACGCUUGGUUGAGCAUCAGAUGUACGUGUUCAGUAAAGUGUGACUGAAAUGUGACUUUAGAAUGAACUUUAAAUGUGCAAGAAAAUAUACUUUCCACGUUCUGUUUUAGCUUGCAAUUUCUGUACCGAGAUAAAACUCUUCGUGUGUGCUUCCUUUCGAGUUUUUUCCCUAAAUUUUGAAGGGGACAAAUUGUCCCCUUGACCGUUUUUUUAAGGGACAAUUUCAAUUGCAGUGCGGGAUUGGCGUAGUGGCGUGGCCUGGCUCAAACCCUAUUAUUUAAUUGAUAUCUUUUAAAGUGUUUAUGUUAUAAAAGUACAAUUUAGACAGAGGUGAACAAGUCACAUAAUAUAGAAAAGUAUAAAAACAUGUGCUGUCACUCUUUCAAAUUUUUUUAUCCUUAAUUACAUGUAGUUUUUACUCAUUUGCUUUCGAAAAUUGGAAAGGAACUCAUAACAAUUUUGUGUCAUAUUACCCUAAAAAUAUAUACUAGCAUUCCUUCUAUAACAAAAUGCUAUUAAGUAAUUUUAAAUUACAUAUUAUCUCUGAACACUUUUAUUUUGUGUAUUAUAAGUGUUUCUACAUAUCAGUAUUGAUCAAAAUUAAUCAACCUCAUGUAUCACUAGGUUUCGGGUCCUCCUCAGUCUCAUAACAGACAUAGUUCAACAGGGCAUUCUUCAAAAUCAAGGCAUUCGGGUGAUCACAAUGAAGAAGCUGCCUCAGAAGACGACAUUCAUCAUAGAUCUGUCUCUUCAGAAGACCCAGCUAGUCCAGCUGGGACAGUGAGUACUCUUCCAAUAAUCUUAUGAUUUUAUUUUUGUCCUACUGAUUUCCAAAGAGAGAAAUUUUACCCUCCAUGAUUGGCAGCUAUCUAAUGUUUCAGAAAAGUAAAGCUGUUAUACAGGCCCAGGUGGCCCAUGGGGCUGGCACUUAACUCCGGCUUCCUUAACAUGAAGCAGCUAGGAGUAUUACUACUGCCCCCUGGAUGAGAUGUUAGUCCAUUGCAGGGUUACCCCCAGAAUAUUUGCUGGUACCCAUUUGUACACCUGGAUGAAGAGAAGCUCUGUGAGAGAAAAGUGUCUUGCCUAAGAACACAACACAAUGACCCCAGCCAGGGCUCGAACCCAGACCACUCAAUCUGGAGUCAAGCGCACUAACCAUGAGGCCACCACGCCUCCUUUAAUGUUUCAGAGGAAAGCUUGAUUUGGUGCAAACUUCAUUAAAAUUCAACAAAGUACAUGAAGUAUUUUGUUGUUGAGAGGCUAGUUUGCAAUUAUGUUAAAGACCUGUACAUUGUAGAUGAUUGAGUCUCAGCUUUAACUUCUAUAAAUUAUCUAUACAAAUGCACACAAAUGAAAGGAAAUAUGAAAGGAACAGUUCUCAAGAAUUGGUAAACAAAACAUACAGGCUAAAGGGUUCUAUUGUGCAGUGUGGUUGUCCGGGUGAGAGUACACUUAGUCCUGAAAAGGACUGUUGUCGGAAAGGGUGACUGAAGUUUCAACAAUCUGAGAAAUCGUCAUUAUGAGAAUCAAUGGAAGAGUUGUUUGUUACUUGUAGUCCAGCCUCUGAUUGUUUGAAGGUUGGAUAACGCUAUCCACAGGAUAAAUCUCUAUCCAGUGGAUAACGCUAUAAUUAUGUUUUGCUAUCACUUAUCCACUGGAUAUCGAUUUAUCCGUUGGGUAGCAUUAUCUGCCCUUUAUACAACUGCGCCCAGUGCUGUAAGUCUGGUUUGGGAAAAAUGAUUGGUUGGCUUUGACUGGAUGCUAUUGGCUUUAAGAUUCUGGUGUUAUAAGUCAGUUGUGAUUGGUUGAUAUUGACCCACUGAAAGUUGGAGACAUUGGUGUGGGGAGCCUUAUCAUUAUUAGAAAGUGGUUCUUGCUGUAGAUUUAUAAUUGGAUGAGUUAAAUUAAACAGAAAUUGCUUAUAAGGUUUCACCCAAGCACACACCAUUAAUUUUUCAUGUGUGUAGGACAAAGAAAAAGUCUCAUGUUAGAAAUGGUCAAUAUCUAAGUUCAUUGGACAAACAAGCUUAACUUAAACCUUUCUUCACUACACAUAUGAAUCAUUAGGGCUUUAGUAUAUACAAAGUUGGUAGCCUUGUAAACCAUGCUAGCUGCAUUGCACAGUUUUCCCAGUAAAUUCAAAUUGCCAUCAACUGUCUGUUGUGCUGUAGCUGCGCAUUUUGUGUUUUAGGGUUUAAUGCUACCUGACUACUUGGAUGUUGACAGCCCAGCCCAGCGUGGAAAGAAGGAAAAGAAACGGAGGAAAGUGGAAAGAAAUACUAAGCUUUCAAGGAGUUUGGACUCCUUGAAAGAGUUACAUGGUAAAGAAACAGACCUGUACACUGUAGCUGAUAAAUCCUGCUUAUAUGUACCAGCAUAGACUUUAAUCAGGAUUUGUUCACAGUUCAUUUCCAGUUGUUAAGAGGAAUGAAAAAUUUUGUACCACACAGAAGAAUACCAGGGAAUGAUUCUGAUCCUUUUGAUGUGGACUGCAGCAUCUUAACCCUUUAACUCCCAGUUCAAAUUUGUCAUUCUACUUACUGUCAACCAUACAAUUCUAAUAAUGUUAGUUCAGAGAAUUUCGUAUUGGGUCAAUUUAUUAUCCCCAAAUUGAUAUUUUUCUUUAUUCUCAUCACUCAUCUGGUUGAUAUUGUAUUGAUACUGUAAGGAGAAAUUCUCUCUUUGUCACUCAUGGGAGUUAAAGGGUUAAGUACAACCUAUGUGCUCCCACCCCCUCAACUUUUUACUUCCAGGGGUGGGAAACAAGAAAUUUCUCAAACAAUAUAGAUAUGUUUUCCAGUACAAAGAUGAUAAGAAGAAACAAAAACAUGACAAUGGGGAUAAAGCUUGAUUUGACGCAGAAUUCUUAAAGCUAACAUUAUAAGGAAUGUAAAGAGUACAGUGCAGAGAAUUAAUAUUUUGAUCUUGAAGGUGAAAGGGUUGACCCUGUCACUCCCUAGAUCUCAUUUGUAAUUCUUCCUACUGUGUGCCAUACAAUUCUUAUAAAUGUUAGUGUGGAGAAUUUGGUAUUGGAUCAACUAGUAAUUCUCUAAUUGAUACUCCAUAUAAUCUUAAAGUGUUUCUUUAUUCUCAUCACUUGUCUGCUUGAUUUUGUAUUGAUGGUGUAAGGAGAAAUUCUGUUGUGGUCACUUGGAGGGGUUAAAGUGUUAAAUGUUUAACUACAUGUGUGUUGUAUUAACACCUUGUUGUGGUCAUAGUCAUCUGUUGCAUAUGGUUGACAUUCACUCAUUUUAUCAUAUUUUACUUUCUAGUCAAUGUGGAGCCAAAGCCCAGGGAUAGAGAAGCUUCCUCUUUAAAAUCCAAACCAUUCAAAUUUAAGUUGUUUCAUGGCAGCAAGAAAAAGAACCACGGAAAUGAGAUAAAGAAGCAGCCUUUGGAAAAAAAGCUGUCAAAUCAGAGGAAGGAGGAUUAUGAUGUGCUGGCAUCAGCCAUUAAAAUGGGAGAGGAAGAUCGCAUGGCACUCAUGAUCAUGGUCAAACAAGGGGAACUCACUGUAGAAGAAGCUGUAGAACAGUUGAAGAGGUAUGUGUAAGGUCAAAUGAAAAGUGGUAGCCAUUAAAACUUCAUUAUUUAAUGUAAAAUUUUCCUCAUGACCUGCCAGGCUUUAAUUGAGGAGAUUUGGUAAGGGACAACUUAUUAUCCCUUUGCACCCUGACAUCAUUAUAUUAUGCAUACAUGUAUUCUCCUUACUUUUCCCCAUAUAUUUCCCAAGAUACCAACAAGGAGAAUUUGUUUAACAAUCAAGAGCUUCUUUGGUUGGUGAUUGUUUCCUUUAUUUUCGUGACCUUGAUGUGUGAAUCAGGGGUGAUUUUGUAAGGAAAAAUUAGAUACAAAUCACUCCUAGAAGUCAAAGGGUUCUUGGUACUCUUGCCAUGAGAAUUAUACAGGGAUUUUCCCUUUUUCCCUCAAUGAAUAAACCUGAAUACAAUGUAUGCUCUUACAGGUAUGAAGAGGACUGCAAAAAAGAUGAUUAUUUAAAACCCAAGGUUUGUGUCUCCCUGUUUUGUGUUUUUGGUUGUUUCUGCUUCACACAUAGAAAAGGAGGUAAAUGCAAUUCUAUAAUACCUUACAUGAUGUUGUACUGAGGAACAAGACAGUGUAAUAAUCAGAACAUUUCUGAAAUACAGCUGUAGAUGACUUGUUGUAUCAGAUACCAACAUUCAAAACAGACUUAGGUGAUCCCUUAGAAAUAAAGUUGUCAUUGUAAUGUUCUUGUUCCCAACCAAUCUCUUUUUUGAGAACCAUGAUAUAAAGAUUGGUCACCAUGCUUAAUAAAGAGAUAUUGAGGGCCAAUCUUACCCCAUUUGUGCCUGCACUGGUACUAAUCACAUCUGUUAUUUGGUUUCCAGUACAUUUUGCAGUAGCUACAAUCAGUUGCAAAAAUAUUGAGACACCUUGAACAAAAAGUGCCUUUACCCACUUCAUCAGAUGGCCAUGUAGAAAUUUAGUGAAAGAAACUAGAAGAUAGAUGCCCCCUUUCCCCCGAUUCAUUGUUGUUUAUUGAAGUUUUGUAUAAGGUACUGCUUAGCUAUGAACAUGGCAAGGGGGGAGUGGGGGAUACAUUGUGUAAGAUCACAUGAUAAACAAUUUUCUCUUGUUGUGGUAAAUGUCUCAACUACUUUUGCAAAUGGUUGUAGAAGCAAGAGUUUUUAAAGUAAAUGUGUCGAAGACACUAGCUAGGUAGAAAGUCUUAAACAUGUGGAACAAUGGAAUAUAUAAUUUAGAGAAAAAUCAUACAAUAUUAAAUAACAUUACUUGAUGUUAUGCACAGUACCUGGCACAGUACAUGAUGUGUAGUGUAGUACUGAGUUCUCAACUUAAUAGAUGUCUGGCUUCCAAUUACUAUUUUGAUCAUCAAUUGUGGUUUUUAUGGCACUUAUUUUCAAGUUUUACUCUGUUAUUUUUUGUUUCCUUCAGAGCGACUUUUCCAGUGAAGAUGAAAAGAUGGGCAAUAAACCCAAAUUAAAGCGUGGUAUUUUUGGAAAGAGCACUAAGAGAAAAUCAAACAGCAGACCUUCAUCUGAGUUUAUUGCAUGUGAAAUGACAACCAUGAGUGAGGAAGAUAGGAUUAACUUAAUGAGGAGUGUGAAAAAUGGAGAGAUGAGUGUUGAACAGGCACUCAAACGAUUUGUCAGGUACAAAACUAUUUUUUUAAGAACAUCAAAAGAUUCAACUCAUCAAUGUCUUUUAAAGGGGCUUGUGAGUUUUUUUUACAUGUGUACAGCAUUUACAUUGUGUACCUAUAUUCAUGGAAUACUGCAUUUGAACUUUGAAUUUACCGUGCAGCAACUGUUUGAUUGCCAAUUGCAACAAAGAGCCAAGAGGUUGACUUCUAAGAAAAAUGAGUGGCAUUUUUAUGCAGAUUGAUGUGAACAUGGAAUGUGCUGGCCAAAAGUUUUAAGUUACUUAAAUUACAACUCUUUUUUACCCUCUGCAAGUUAGAAUUAGUAUGCAAAUUUUGAUACUGUUCUCUUUACAUAUCCUGUGCUACUGACAGGGAGAAAUUAUAUAACAAUCAAGAGCUUCCUAAAUUGGGGCUUAUUUCCUCACAUGUGUAUGAUUCAGCAGUGAUACUGAAGGAAUAAUUUAGAUGUAAUUGUCCUCAUGGUUGAAAGAAUUAUAAUUAUUUUCCCAUUUGUCCUGUGUGUACCUUUACUUUGCUUUUCAUGUUUCUCAUGAGCUGUUUGAGAUUUUACUCAGUAUGAGGAUUUUUAGCAGAUUUUUUUGAUCAGUCAGCCAGUGCUGAAACUUCCUGUAAUGCAUUCCCUAACCCUCCUUAAUGUCCAAGUCAACAGCAGUAAAAUUUGAACUCAUAUCAAAUAUUUAUGUGGUAGUGUUUGAAUACUUGUAUUGUGUGGGAGAGUGUUUUAUAGUUACAACUUAGUUAGUGUACCAUUAGUUUAUGUUAAAAAAAUUAUACGUACUUUCCUUUCCUUAGUUAUGAAGAGAAACAUAAGAGAUCUGACUCGGAUGAUGCUUCGUCUUCAAGGGUGAAUAGAUUUCUCUUCUGAUAAGUACAGUAAUAUGCAACUGUACGUUGCUGUCUGUAUGUUGUUUCUGAGACUUCAUGUACCACAUUUAUCAUUGUCUAUUGUUUUGUAAACUUACUGUAUGUCUCCUCAAACAGGCAUUAGAUAUGUUUUAAAUAUUAUGUAUUUUUGUGUUGUGUAUUUGGGCUGCAGUUUGUGGUACAUCUCCACCAGGAUUGUGACAGAAUCAUUGUAUAAAUGAAUAUUAAUGAGGAAUGUUAAACAAAUAAAUGGAACAAUGAAUGAAUAUAAGAAUGAAACAUGCCAAGAGAGCACAAAAGUAUAAAGAAAUUGAACUUACUCUUUUUUUAAGUCCAACAUCCGCUAUAUGUUUGGUAUAACUUAGCUUGGUGAAUUGGAUGAUUUAUCAAGAUGACACCUUUUUAGCUGAUAAGUAUGUAAAUUCUCAUUACUUCUUUGCUGGGUAUCAAAUCGAAAUGUGAAGAGAAGUUGCAUGUUUUAUCUCCUGUGAGAACUCAAAAGGCAAGGUGUUCAUUUUUGCUUCUGGAUUUCUUUACCUCUUACUAACGAGUUUGAGGUUCAUACUGUUAGUUGGAUUUAUGGCCCAAACACACAGGUCGUGGGCCAUAAAUCUGAGCAGGAAAAACAAGCUUCCAUAAUUUACAGUAUGGACCAAGAUUCUCGGUUAGUAAGAUAUUUAUUUUAUCUCUGGGUUCAAAUGGAGGGGGGAAGAUUUUAAUUUACACAAACUUUUGAAUUUAGUGGGCCAUACAUUGAAAUACGGUCUGCCAAAUUGACCAAUCAUAGUGCGUGUAUUAACUGAGUGAUAUAAUAGUUGUCCUUAUUAUUUUUUUCACAAAAUCAGCCUGCUAAAGAAUCACCCAGGUUACUUAAAGGUUCUGGAUUUUCACGUAUCAGUAUCAAGAGAGUGUCUGGUGUCCUGCAGUCUAAACUGUCUGGUAAUCCUGCUCAAGAACCAAAUGCUGUAUUUUACACUGGUAUGUCUACAACGAGUUUUGUGUGCUAUACUUUUUUUAACAGACCUGUAAUUUAUUUAUUUCUCAGUUCGUGAGCGGGCGAUAUUCUACAAAUCCUGCAAUCUGAUAGGUUCCGAGAGCGGGCAGUAUUCUCCCCAUCCGGGAAAAGUUACAUGUUAAUCACUUCUGGGAGUUUAAGGGUUGAAGUAGUUGAUUCUAGAAUAAUACUUUUGACAUUGCUACUUACGCUUGAGGAACCUUUUAAUUUGAACCCAUCCUUUUCUUGGGCGCGUUGUAAAUUGUAUGGCAAACGAUUAAUUCCCAAAAGGAACAGAAAAAUUACCAUGCUUUCUUUCAUGCCAUUAACAGGAGAGGAAGGAAUAAAUGCAGAUGGUGGUAGUGUGGACAGCAGUGUAAGCUCAGGAGAUGAGGUCCCGGUAGCUCACGACUCCUCCCCAGCCCCAUCUCCCAAAAGGUUUCUGGAGAACGUUCAGGGCGUAACUAAGGUAAACUCUUAGAUAGGUCAUAGCCAUCCACAAACCCAAGACGUUCUCUCACAAGAUCCCUCCCGGUCUAGAAAUGUCAUUAUUUCUCUUUAGAGGCAUCAUUUUCGAUUCACUGACUCACACUGUGACCCACCUCCGUGAAACAGUGUGAUUUAGUCAUCUUUAGCUCAGAAGGGUGUCUUCUACACCCAAUGGUACUCACGAGGAAGAGGUCUUUCAAAUGAUUUGCAGACCAAAGCGAUCAGUUCAAUUGAGACGAAUCAACGGAAUCAAAUACGAGUGUAUAUUGAAAUAAAAUUUAGACGACCAAAUAUCGGUAACAAAGUUUUACAUCUUAAUUGUUUACCACUCCUUGUUAAAUUUCCCACUGUCGUUAAAAAGACCAUGUAAAAGUGGAAGGCUAGCCAAUGUCAACGGAAAGAGAGGAACAAGGGUGAGAAGGCAAAAACCGAAAACCGAAAAAAGAGACUUAUGCGGAUGCCUUUAACAAAUUUGCGUAUUUUCUUUCAAAUCUUUCUUGACGAAAGAUAGAUCUCGGUCCCUUUUGUCUGAAAGAAAACCUUUUAACGUCAACGUACUGUAUUAGAAUCAUGUGGAGCAAAAUGCGAUAGGAUUUGUUUCUCGACUGAAUUUGGUUAAUAUGGAGAAAAAAACUGAUGCUAAGUCGCGCUCAAACAGAAUGUUAACGAAGUUUCUAUCACGGAAUCGCUUCACAUUUCUCAAAUUCACAACUUACGCUGUAGAUUCUGCACUCGCUUUUUAAAUUACACCCCAGAAGUCAGUGCCUUGACCUUCGAUGUUUUACCAAAAUUCAGUUCAAUCUCAGUUCUGUAUAUUGUUAUGAUACUUCAGUAAUGUCUUGUUACAUGUUCAUUUCAGUCACAGCACAGCUCAUCCAGCAGUGUAGAUAGCAUGGGGAGGGCGGACGACAAACCGGUCACUAGUUCCCCUUUACACAGGCAGCCCAACUUCUUGUCUGAGAUGAAAUUGGUCUUGGGAAAGCAAGCUCAGUCUGUUGACAAUAUUGCUACAGAGAGCGGAGAUGGUACGCACAUAGCUUCCUUGUAGAAUCACCAAUUUAUAAAUUUAAAGAAAAAGCACGAUACCCAUUAGGUUUUGAUGAUACUUUCUGGCUCAGCAAGAAAGAAAAUUGUGUUGAAUCUCAGGCAAGUAAUAAUUUGAAUGUAUAUACCUGGUCAGAUGAAUCAUUAUUUUGAGUACUAAAAUAUGGUAAGUUGUUACUGAGUAAGUAAGUCAGUACGUCGCAAAAAAGUGGCCUUCAAUUUGUGAAAGGCAACUUGGUUAAGCAAAUUUAUUUACUCAUGGAGAUGCAAAGUUUUGAUGGAGACGUCAGUCAUGUUCAUGAUAGUUACAAGUAUUUUCUUGACAUUGGUCAGUUGUUUAUAGUUUGGUUUUUCUCCCUAGGUAAAUUACAGCAAGAUCAGAAGCCUCGACCACCCCUCCCUGGUAGACAAGCGUCGCCUCCUGUGAUGGAGACCCAAAGGAAUAUUCUUUCAUCUAAUUCCGCAGGUUCCCCGAAAAGGGUCCCUGAUGUGCCAUCUAGACCAGGGUCCACAGUGUCGGUACCUCACAGGGCACCUCCUCCAAUACCUACACGACCAAAUUCCAAGAAUGCAGAGGAACGUAGGAAGUCCGAUGAUGUACAAGCAGUUGAAACGUCCCUAUCAAAGGAUUUGGCAAACGAGGUUAUAUCGAAUGACCCCAUACUCGAAACAAAAACUCUUGAAUCUGCAAAGCUUAAAAAUGAUCAAAGUCAGAAACCGAAAAUAGGAAAAGCGACAGGAGGCGAGCUACUGGAGGGUCAGGUUUACCUUAAACCUGCCCCAGUAAAACAACAAGGCGACGAAAUUACCGGCGAAGGCGUAAAAAAGCCCAGAGACAAACCACCGCCCUUGCCACCUCGACCCAAGAAUUCAACAAAUAUUCAGGAAGACACGGAUGCUCGUAGUGUGGAGACUCAAGCAAGUCCUCCGCAUUCUAAACAAGGAAAGUUCGGCAAGGACUCAAAAUUAGCGGCUUCAACCGAAGAGAUUUAUAAAGUGCCUUCAGUUCACAACGCCAGCGAGAAACCACAGCUUAAACCGAAACCCAAACCGAAGCCAAGACCGCGCGCAAAACAGGCUGAAACACAAGACACAGAAAAUGAGCUGUAUACAGCGGUGCCCCCACCACGCCCUGUCGAGGGGACAACAUCGGGAGUUACGCGUACCCAUGGGGAAUCUAGCAGCGGUGGUAUGGGAACAAACAUGGUUAGAGUAGAAAGUAAGCCGUCAAUUUCGAAAAGAACUGAGUUAGAAGUUUCGAAAAACGAAGCGGGGGACCACUCUUCGCCGCCAGUUCCGGUGCCACGAGUUAAACGAGCUUCGCACUCAUUAGGGGAGAUGGUGGAAAGAAAACUGCAUAUAGAGCACAUCGAUCUAACUCAGGAACCCUACACAGAUGCGGUAAGUAUAAACUAACGUACAAUGCACGUCUGUUUGAUCUUAAUCACUCACCCUUCCACUCCCAAGAUCUCGUCAGUAAGUCUCCUUACUGCCAAACAUACAAUUUUAUGAUGCUAGCAGGGAGAAUUUGCUAUAGGAUCAACCAAUGAUCGUCAAGUUGAUAUUUUUUUGUAUUCUCAUCAAUUAUCUGCUUGAUACUGCACUGAUAUUUUAAGGAGAAAUUCUGUCUCGGUCACUCAUGGGAGAUAAAGAGUUAAUCAAGUUCCCUGGAAGCUCAAAGUUUGUUGGAAUCUGGUUAGUUUGAAGGGCCUCGUUCUUAAAUCCGUUGUCAGAAAGUGCGCUGUUAUGGGUGAUAAAAAUCUGAACUAAGCUUCGCAGCUUAUUUUAAAUCUUGAAAUUUUUCUUCCAAAUUUUUUGAAUUGUUUGUUACCAGACCGUAUCAAUCUUCUUUAUCAAUGGCUGUCCUUUUUAAUUUUUUUCUUCUUGAUGGUAUUUUUAUAUAUCCUAGAAACUUGGAAGUUUUCCCUGGUUCCCGAAUGAGAAAUUGACUCUGUGCGUAUUUCUUUUAACAACAGACUACUGCUAUUGUUUAGAAACCUCACACUCAGCAAUUCACUGCCGUAAAUGUAUUCUAUUGUAUAUUUAACCGACGAAUAUUUUUUUUUUUCUUUCUAGAAUGGUUGCUGGGGUGUCCCAGUGAAUCUUGUGGACCGAUACGCUGAAGAACUCCGCCGAUCACACGAAGAACUCGCUAAUAUUUUGGAGAGAUUAAGAGUCGGCAAGCUAAAGCAAUCUGGUAGAACAGCUGUAAGUAGACAAACUGAAAUUACGCUGAAUUUUUUUUGGCCUUUUUUAUGGUUGAUUCGGUUCGGAAACUUAUUUUCGCUUCAAAGUACAACGAUUGAAGUCGAUGUAAGUUAAAAAAAAGAGUGACGCAUCACUUUUAAGUGUUUCUUACAGAUAACGUUUGCGACAAGAUACCCGAAGAUCUACUAAUAUAAAUUAGCUUUCUCUUCACUGAUGACAAAUCGCCAAGGAAUCGGCAGACUAUGGCAGUCCCUCCUUUUCGAGAGACAAAGACAAAGAGACGAGACAAAAAAAUCAGCGAAAAAAAAAAAAAAAAAAGAAAAGAAACUUGAUGUUACUGCACUGCGCGGAACUCUGGAAUUCAAUUCUUAGCCCAAAAGGAGGGACUGCUCGAAGUUUAAAAAUCAGUGGAAGAGAUAUAAGAUAUCUGUCGUAAAAUGGCUAAUUUCUGUUCCCGGUAUUCAUGUGGGUGAAAAAAAUUCAUAGCUACUUAAACAUGCAUGGGAUAAGCUGUUGUUACUGAAAAAGAAUUCUUCUUUUUUUCGUGUAUCAUUUGUUUGUUUAUGAUUCCCACAGGUUCCCUGUAACGUAUCGGAAUUAAAAUUUGCAAGAGAUCCUCUCGGAAGUUUGGGAAGUAUGGAAGAGUGGCUGAUUUCAUUAGGUCUACCCAUGUAUAUCACCAGUCUUGCUGAAGUAGAAUAUGACGACAUGGCAGCCAUGCCUGGUAUGGAGGAAAGACAUUUCCAAUUUGCGGGUAUAUCGGAUCCUAGGCAUAUGAGCCGGCUAUUGGCUUCAGUAGAGGAGAUGAGUAGGUGACACGAAAUAAGGAACCCUAAAAUGAGCUCCACUAUAGUGUUUCCUGAAGGACCUGUGAUAUUUGGCGCCUCCAAGGAUGUCAAAGAAAUCAUUGUUGACAAAGAAUCUACUUGUCACUUAAAGACGUUAUUCGUUUUGGUGAAAAUAUUGACAAAAUUGUUGUGAAGAGUGCAUUUCAAGAACAUUGCAAUCAAGAAAUAUGAAUAUGAAACAUUAAGAUAUUAACGAAUAACCAGAAAUUCAAGUAAAUUCAUACAUAGAUGAAUUGAAAAUUACAUUGCAGGAAGGAUUUGCUUGUAGAGUUAACAAAAUGAGCGAAGCCGGCUAUAUCAAGAGUCGAGCGAGCAAAACGUUUUAUUAAUUAUCCGUUGUAAUAUGGUAAACAGGCUGCGCUGCACGUACGGUGCUCCUGUUUGUUGUUUGAAAUAAAUCAACGUGAAAGAAGCCC